AUGCCAAAGGUCAGUUUUUAUUUGUGUUUUUUAUCAAAAAAUGUCUUGUUUAUAUAAAUUUUGUUAACAAAACGGAUUAAUUUUUGAACAAAUUGUACCUUUUCUUAGAACAUUCUCAUUUAGCUUUGAAAUGGCUUUGAGAGAGGUAAGUUAUUUGAAAAGUUGUUUGAUCUUUGAAAUUUUGAGAAAGCUAAGAUUGUUGUUAAUUUUUGAAUAGCCUUUUAAAAAUCUGAUAAACCGGAAUUCUUUGGACAUGCUUAAAAAUCAUGACGUUAAACUUAUGUGUUCUUUGUAAAUAAUCUUGUUUACUGAAAAUUGUUCACUGAAAACCUGCUUGAACGACUCUUAAAUUUGUGUUUUACAUGACAAAAGGAAAAAAUUCUACCAAAGUGAACUGAAAAUUGACUCUAAAAUUUGAAUAUUUUUUCAGUUAUUCUCAGAUCGUCCCCCUCUGAAUGCAGUUUUUCGUGAAAAAGCCCAAAAAAUCAGAUAUGCCUGUUCACCCACAAAAUGUCUUCAUUCACUUCUCUCAUUCUUACCUAUAAUAUCCUGGCUUCCUAAAUAUGAUUGGUCACAUUCAUUCUUCGGAGAUGUUUCUGGAGGUCUAACAAUGGCUGUAUUUUCAGUGCCUCAAGGUUUGUUUUGAAAAUUUUGAAGAAAUAUGACAACGGGGAUUUUUAGGUAUCGCGUUAGCUGGUAUCACAGGAGUUCCUCCAGUUUAUGGUUUAUAUACAGCAAUUUUUCCAUCGUUUUUAUAUAUAUUUUUCGGAACAUCAAAACAUAAUGCGUUGGGUGGUUUCGCAGUAUUAAGUUUAAUGACACAUGGUGCAAUUGAGAAAGUAAUGUUAAGAACAGCGACGAGUUAUAAUGCAACAGCUUAUGUGAAUCAUACAUUAGAUGAACUUAUUGAUAUGGAUAAUGAUACAGUAAUCAAUAAUUCCACACUGAUGCAGUAAGUUGAAAAAGAAAAUUCUCCGGAAUUUUUUUUUGAAACAAUUUAUCCAAUAUUGCAAUAAAAUUCAGAAUCUUGGGAAAUGAGACGACAUUCAUGGAAGAAGUAACAAUGGAAAUGUGGACUGAAGGAGUGACCCCUGUCAAGCAAAUCCACGUGGCAACAACUAUCAUUUUCCUAGCUGGUGUUAUUCAAGUCCUAAUGGGCGUUUUUCGAUUACAAUAUUUGACUUCCCUUUUCUCCGAACAAGUUAUGAGUGGUUUCGUUGUCGGUGGUGGAAUUCACGUUUUCUUUGCACAAAUUGGUGAUAUGCUUGGAAUCAAAUUACCCAGAAGAAGUGGACCGGGAUACUUAUAUUAUGUGAGUAUUGAUUUUCAACUUAUGUAUACCUAUCAGAAAAAAAUACGCUCUCAAUGAUUUCGCAACACCCAAUUUGUAUGUGUUAUGAAAUCUGUUUGCCAGUGAAAUGUCGGUUGCUAGGUUUAGGUAGGGUAUAUAAUAGAAAAGAAAAUGUUUGUACACAUGGAACCGGUCCGGAGUUAGUGGGUUAUCUGCAAAAAUCCCCCAUUAACACUAAUUUGACCAUUCCUUUUGAUAGCUGAAUUUCUGAAUUUAUUUUUAAUUUUGAGUUGAAUAAGCGUUUCCUAACAAAAAAAAACAAACUAUUAUUUUCCUAUUUUUUAGAGAAUUUUCGAUUUGAUUGAAAACUUGGAUAAUGUUCAUUAUCCAACACUGUCAAUAUCAAUAUCAUCUUUAUUAUUUUUGGUUCUCGGAAAAGAGUAUUUAUCACCGUGGUUGAGUUCAGCAUUUAAUUAUCCAGUUCCAUUUGAACUCGUUUUGGUGAGUCAAACCUUCACAAUUUCAAUUUUUCAAAAUCAAGUAAUUGAAAAACAUCAUUUCUAGGUGGUUGUUGGAAUUACUGCUACAAACUAUGCUGAACUUUCUCGACGUCACGAUGUUCGAGUUGUUGGAAACAUUCCAACCGAAUUUCCACCUCCAUCUCUUCCAAGAUUUGAUUUGAUUCGGCAUAUCGGUCUAAAUGCUGCUGCCAUUGCUAUUACAGCUGUCGCUAUUCAUAUUACUGUGGCAAAAGUUGUCGAGAAACGGUAUCACUACAAAAUUAAUCAUGGGCAGGUAUGUAAAUUCAGUUUUGAUAUUUUUGAAUUUUUCAAAUCACGUUUAUGCCUCUUACAGGAAUUAUAUGCUCUUGGUUUCGUUGGAGUGUUAUCAUCAUUUUUCCCAGUGUUCCCAGUAACAUCUGGAUUUGCUCGAAGUGUUGUUGGAGCUGCUGUUGGAGGUUCCACGCAAUUGACUUGUCUUUUUUCAUCUCUUGCUCUAUUAUCAGUUAUUUUAUAUAUCGGACCUGCUCUCGAAUAUUUACCACAGUGUAUUUUAGCAACAAUGAUUAUUUUUGCACAAAAGGGAAUGCUAGACAAGUUCAAAGAGUUGAAGCAACUCUGGCCAGUUUUCAAGAUUGAUUUUGCAAUUUGGUUGAUGAGUUUCUUUUUGACAGUUUGUUAUGAUAUGGGAGAAGGAUUGUUGAUGGCAAUUGGAUUUGCUGUUUUAACAACAAUCAUUAGAACACAAAGGUAUAUGAUCGUCAUAACUUCUGAAACGUUAACAUCCUACAUUUUCAGACCAAAAUGGCAUUUUCUAUCUCGUGAUGAAGAAACUGGAACAUUCCGGGAAACAAAACGACGAGAACUUGAAAGAAUUCGAGGAAAUGUUUGUAUUUUUAGAAUGGAUGCUCCAUUAAUUUUUACAAGUAUUGAUCGAUUCACAAUGUCAAUUUGGCAAUGUGUCAAGAAAUGGGAGCGCACAAAGAUGGAAUCAUUUGUUACUAUUGAACAAAUGAACUCGGAUAAAAGUGGCGAUUUAUUUGACACGGUUGGUAGAGUGUUUGCGAACAGCAAACAAUAAUUUUUUUGAUAAAUUCAGAAAUUGAAAGCUGCACGUCGUCGAUGGAAAAAGGAUUCAUCAAAAACAGAUAACCGAUGCAAAUUAGUUAUUGAUUGUGAUGGAUUUCCAUAUGUCGAUUAUCUUGGAUUAAGCACAUUAAAGACUGUGUUCAGUGAUUUAUCGAGUGCUGGAAUUCAAACAUUUUUUGUAGUUAACAAAGCUGAAUUGAAAAGAUUGUUUAGAGCGACCGAUUUUUAUGAGAUUGUUGAUGAAUGGAGAGUAUUUGCAAAAGUUUCGGAUGCUGUGAAAGCUGCACAAGAUUUGAAUAAGUAAGUUGUUGAAUAUUUUUCUGAUUUUUGAAAAAAACUUUUCAACAUGGAAUUUGAUGAAAAACUGAAAUAAAGCUUCAAUUUUUACUCGGAAAAAACUUUUCAAAUUUAAAAAUUUAUAAGAAAAUUUAUUAAUGAAUUGAAAAUGUUAUUUCAAUUGAAUAUAUCGUAGACUUUAAAUUUUUAAAUUAGGAAUCUGGGAGUAAAUUCACAGUGAAACGAUAUUUGGAAAAUAAAAUCUUCCAAGUUUUUUAUCGGUAAAGUUCGAACUCCCCAAAAAGUUUCGCUCCCGGGUGGGCUCGAACCACCAACCUUUCGGUUAACAGCCGAACGCGCUGCCUAUUGCGCCACGGAAGCAGAUGUCCCAAACUCUCUCAAUUCUCAACACAAGUUCUCUUUUUCCUAUCAUCUUUUUUUGUAGCCUUCCAAAAGCGCCGCUAACUGCAUUGGCCAGCAUUGCGACAACAGAUACAAUAUUAGUCGAUGAUGAAGAAGAGGAAGAAAAAGAAAAAGAGGAAAACGAGAGAAAUGAUGAAAGUAAUGGAGAAAGAGGAGAAAUGAGAAAUGAAGACAGUUUAGAAGAUGAAAUUAUGUCUGAAAGUUCAGUUUCAAUCGAAUGUGAUGAAGAUGAUGUGAAAUCAGAGUGA